AUGGCCAUGACAAACAGCGAGGCAAGAGCCUCCAAGAAUGUAAUCGUCUCAGGUGGCGCGCGAGGCAUUGGCCGCGCCUUGGUGCGCCACUUCCUCGAAGCCGGUCACAACGUCUAUGUCUUCGACAUUGACGAGGACGAACUCGAGCACACCGUCAAAGUCCAUCUUAAGGAACACUACGACAGAGGCAAACUCGAGUCCGCAAUCUGCAACCUCCGUGACGUAGACGACAUCCGCACAAAGGUCAAGGCCGCAGCGGCAGACUUCUUCAACAACACAAUCGACGUACUCUUAAACAACGGCGGUAUCGCGAGCCCGUACUGGCGGGACGGCAAGACGAUGGAGGACCCAGACACCUUUGGGGAGUGGCAAGCAUAUAUUGACACGAACCUCACUGGGCCCUUCGCCAUGAGCCAGGCUUGCGUGCCGUACAUGAAGGCACGACAGACGGACGCGGUGGACGGGGCGCAAAUGGUCAAGGGCGCGGGGCCAUGUAUCAUCCACAUCGGGUCCUUCCGCGCAAAUCAAUCCGAUCCGAACCAGGAGGGGUACGCAGCGAGCAAGGCGGGGCAGCUGGGUCUUAUGCACAGCAUGGCAAUCUCGCUGGGCGCAUUGGGAAUCCGGGUGAAUCUGAUCGCGCCAGGGAGGAUCAAGGUCGAGCAUGAGAGUAAGGAGGGGGAUGAGACGGGGCAGAGCUGGGAGGAGCAGGUGUUGGAGAAGGAUGUUGAUGAUCAUCCGACCAAUCGGGCGGGCAGGCCGAAGGAUAUUGCGGAUGCGGCGUUGUAUUUGAUCGAGGCCGGCUUCGUGACGGGGCAGGAUCUAGUUGUUGAUGGAGGGGCUCUGAGGAAGAAGAACUGA